CUCACCCUCUGCUGCACUGGUCUCCAUCUCCCAGCAGAAGGCGCAGCCAUGAAUCCGUUAUUCGGUCCCAAUCUCUUCCUCCUACAGCAGGAGCAGCAGGGCUUGGCCGGGCCGCUGGGGGACCCUCUGGGAGGUGACCACUUUGCCGGGGGAGGGGACCUGCCCCCGGCUCCGCUUGCCUCGGCGGGCGCCGCUGCCUACUCGCCUCCCGGGCCUGGUCCUGCGCCCCCUGCAGCCAUGGCUCUCCGCAACGACCUGGGCUCCAACAUCAACGUACUCAAGACCCUGAACCUCCGGUUUCGCUGCUUCCUAGCCAAGGUGCACGAGCUAGAGCGCCGGAACCGGCUGCUGGAGAAGCAGCUGCAGCAGGCUCUGGAGGAGGGUAAGCAGGGCAGGCGGGGCCUGGCCCGCCGCGACCAGGCGGUACAGACCGGCUUCAUCAGCCCGAUCCGGCCCCUGGGGCUGCCCCUGAGCUCCCGGCCCGCCGCUGUGUGUCCCCCGUCAGCGCGGGUGCUGGGCUCCCCCGCCCGCUCGCCAGCCGGACCCCUCGCAUCCUCUGCGGCCUGCCACUCAUCCUCCUCCACCUCCACCUCCACCUCCUUCUCCUCGUCGACCCGCUUCAUGCCCGGCACCAUCUGGUCCUUCUCACACGCCCGCCGGCUUGGACCGGGACUGGAACCCACGCUUGUGCAAGGGCCUGGCCUGUCGUGGGUACACCCUGACGGGGUGGGCGUUCAGAUCGACACCAUCACCCCGGAGAUCCGCGCACUGUACAACGUGCUGGCCAAAGUGAAGCGGGAGCGGGACGAGUACAAGCGGAGGUGGGAAGAGGAGUACACGGUGCGGAUACAGCUGCAGGAGCGAGUGAAUGAGCUCCAGGAGGAGGCCCAAGAGGCCGAUGCCUGCCAAGAGGAGCUAGCCAUGAAGGUAGAGCAGCUGAAAGCCGAGCUGGUGGUCUUCAAGGGACUCAUGAGUAACAAUCUGACAGAGCUGGAUACCAAGAUCCAGGAAAAGGCCAUGAAGGUAGACAUGGACAUCUGCCGCCGCAUCGACAUCACAGCCAAGCUGUGUGACUUGGCCCAGCAGCGCAACUGUGAGGAUAUGAUCCAGAUGUUCCAGGUCCCGUCCAUGGGGGGGCGGAAGCGGGAGCGCAAGGCUGCUGUGGAGGAGGACACCUCCCUGUCGGAGAGUGAUGGGCCCCGCCAGCCUGAGGGGGACGAGGAGGAGAGUACAGCCCUCAGCAUCAACGAGGAGAUGCAGCGCAUGCUCAGCCAGCUGAGGGAGUAUGAUUUUGAGGACGACUGUGACAGCCUGACUUGGGAGGAGACUGAGGAGACCUUGCUGCUUUGGGAGGAUUUCUCAGGCUAUGCCAUGGCAGCCACAGAGGCCCAGGGAGAGGUAACCUCCCCUCCUGGCCUCAGGCCCCUCAGGCUCUGCCCCUGUGCCCUGCCACAUUGUCUGCCUCCCCUUCUCAUGCUCUGUCCCCAGUGUGGCUUUGUCUCCCCCUGGCUCCUCCCCUUCCUGUCUGCGUCCUUCCUCGCCUCUGUCUCCUCUAACCAGACUUUCUCUCUCUUCCCGCCUUGGCCCAUGGGAUGUCCCUAUCCUACCCCUCCCUGGCUGGCUGCCCCGCGCCUGCCUCCCUUUCUCCAGCAGCAGGAGGACAGUCUGGAGAAGGUCAUCAAAGACACAGAGUCUCUGUUCAAAACCCGGGAGAAGGAGUACCAGGAGACCAUUGACCAGAUAGAGCUGGAACUGGCCACGGCCAAGAACGACAUGAACCGACAUCUGCAUGAGUAUAUGGAGAUGUGCAGCAUGAAGCGGGGCCUGGACGUGCAGAUGGAGACCUGCCGCCGGCUCAUCACACAGUCAGGGGACCGAAAGUCUCCUGCUUUCACUGCGGUCCCGCCUAGCGACCCGCCGCCACCGCCAAGUGAAACUGAGGACUCCGAUCGGGAUGUCUCAUCUGAUAGCUCCAUGAGAUAGGGCCUGGCUGGCUCCCUCGAGCUCCCUGAGGCGGGGCUGUGGGUCUGCAGAGGACUGUCUUGUGCCACUGCAUGAAGCCUGGCCCCGGGGCUGUGUGCUCCUUCCCUGGGCUGCCUCCUCCCCAGGGUUCCAGGGGUGUCUGGAGCUAGGCUGGGCCCCACCCUUCCUGGACAACUCCCGUCACAUCGGGGCACUCCUGCCUUCUUCACAUGUGGCUAUUUGCUACUUCUCCUCCAUCUUUGAAAUGCUGCCAGAACACUUGUGAUCCCCCUUCUCCAUUCUGGGAGGAAUGUGACUAUGGGACCUGCCUGUUCUCCUCGGCUGUCUUGGAUUUUUGGACUGGUGCUAACUGGCCCAGGCACUGCUGGGAAGCAGAUUCAUCUGGGAGUCCCUGAGGGUUUGCACAUCAUGUACAUUUGGAGAGUUUAUUUCCUAGUGAGGUCUCGGAGGGAGGCCAGGCCCCUGGCAUUCUGUCCUGUGUCCACGUGCUCACAGCUGCCCACCUGCCUAUUACCCAGUGAGCGUGGCUCUGUAGUUUUCCCUUUGGGAAGUCCACACAGAGAACUGGGCCUGGGCUGAGGGUAGAGUCCUGAGGGGAGCCGCUGGAGGUUAGCUGAUGCCUGCACAUGGGUGUGGGUGUGUGCUCAGGGUCUGUUUUUCCAGAGUUCAGCUGAGGGAGUUGUCUAUCAUUCACAAAACCAACAGGUUAAGAUGUCUCUGACCUUGGAAAGUAGGGGACAAAGUCAGAGGUCUCUGGAAUCUUUAACAGUAAUGAAGAGUAUUUAUUGAGCAUCUUCGUGUCACUGUCUUAAGCACUUUCUGAUGUACUUUUAAUGUUGGCUUUCUGAGACACGGCUUCUCUAACAGCUCAGGCUGGCUUUGAACUCAGAGAUCCUGUCUCUGCCACCCACACUGGGAUUGGGCAUCCACCACCACUGCCCCACCUGAGGCCUGAUGUCCACACAAUGAAGCACUGGUUACAAGUGAUUGCCCUGGAACCAGAGCGCCUACAACUCAGCUGUCCCAGGCUGCACAGUGCAGCCACAUCCCUUCACGGACACAUUUUAACUGUUUUGGGCAUCCUUCCAGUUUUAUCUAAUCUAAUUAACCUUUGUUUGCAAAUAAAAGACACAGACCUGGGACUUGAUGCAGUCAGCCCAGGGGUCAAAGACCAUA